AUGGAGGACUACAUACGGUCUGGGGCAGUGAAGCAUUUUGUACCCGAUUUGGACAUUGCAUGUAUUGCAGAAGGGAGUCACUUUGUGCACGAACAAUUUCCUGAUCAAGUUAAUCAGUUCAUGAUCAGUUUCCUUGAGAAACAUGGUAUUCCUUUCAUUCUGACACCUGCUCUGCCUGCAUACCUGACACCCGCUCUCCACCCAGAGCGCGUAUCAGGUGUUAUAACACUAGGGAUUCCUUUCAUUCAACCAGGCCCCUCUGCCAUCCAAAAUCAUCUCCUCCCUGAAGGUUUGUACAUAUCAAGAUGGCAGGAGCCAGGGUGGGCAGAAGCUGAUUUUGGUAGCUUUGAUGUUGAGUCAGGGAUAAGGAACGUCUACACUUUCUUCUCCAGAAGUGAGAUCCCAAAAGCAUCUACUGAUCAAGAAAUCAUGGACUUGUUUGACCCCGCAACUCCUCUACCACCAGGGUUUACGGAAGAAGAUCUUGAAGUCUAUGCAUCUUUGUAUGAGAAAAAUGGAUUCCGCUUUCCAGUGCAAAAUCCAUACAGAACUAUAGGCCUGGAGUACGGUUGA